GUACAUUCUCUAGGCUCGUAUUUAAUUCUUUGUUUCAAACGGUCCGUCGGGAGAUGAAAUAAAAAAUGACGGAUACAGAAAUCGCACCGGAACCAUUCAAAGUACGUUUUUUCAUCCUGGCUCCUCCAGUGACGUUACUACUGUUUGGACAAGCGUUGACAGGAACGGUCCUGACUGACUUAAUUUUGUACCGCACCUGUCUAUUCUCACUGAAUAUCAAUCGCACCGAGUGCAAUAUCCUUCGAACCAAUGCCAGUAGCCCGGAAGCAAUCAAGUUGGAGGCGGAAGUUCAGCCGUACGCAAGUAUGAUCCUGUUGGCGAAGUCGUUGAUAGAAAAUUUAUUGCCAGCAGUCGCUUCUCUGUUUCUUGGUUCUUGGAGCGAUCGAGCUGGAAGAAGACCGCUUUUUUUAUUAUCGUUAGCAGGUUUUACCAUACUGCACGUAUCACACACUCUGAUUUCAAUUUGGGACACGAAUCCUUGGUACUUGGUGAUCCCUUCGGUCCCAGCAUUUAGCUUCGGUGGAGUUUGUGCCGUGAUGAUAGCAGCGAUGUGUCAUAUCUCUGAUAUUACUGCGGAAAAGGAGAGAACGAUGCUCAUGACUUGGCUUCAGGCAUCGGUGUUUCUCGGAAUUAUACUCGGCAGAUUUAUCACGCCUUGGAUUUUCGAACACUAUGGUUAUACAGCUGUAUUCGGCGCAUCGGCGGUAUGCUGCAUAUUGGCGUUAACUUACACUUACUUCAUUGUCCCAGAAACAGUGAGAGAUGCCUCUGAGGAAUCGAUACGUGAAGUAUUUAGGAUCUCUUCCAUUCGAGAACUUCUUCUCAGCUCCUUGCAGAAGCGAAAUGGUUUUCAUCGACCGGUUGUCUGGUUCGCCAUUUUCGCCCUUACUCUGACUGGAUUGGUUUUCCAAGGAGAAAUCAGCAUUGAAUUUUUAUUUACAAGAGCGCGGCUGGGCUGGGAUGUCCAACAUUAUUCUUAUUGCAGCGGCAUUGGUUACAUGCUGAGUAUGCCAUGCAUAGUCAUUGGAGUCACAUUAUUCAGUCGCGUUUUAGGCUUCUCAGAUACUCUUAUAAGUGGCAUAGCAUUCGCAGCGUGUCUGGGCGGUUCGCUCACAGAAGCUCUCGCGACGAAAAGUUGGCACAUUUAUCUCGCGGCUAGUAUCGGAUUUUUUGGUGGAGCUGUGGAACCUGUCAUGCGAUCUGUAAUAUCAAAGUCCGUACCUGCAAAAGACAUUGGCAAAGUGUUAUCCCUCACCAAAUCACUCGAAACGUUAAGUCCGUUGGCCGGAGCUCCACUCUACACAUUAAUUUAUUCCCAUUAUUUACCACCGAUUUAUCCAUCGCCCGUUUACCUCCUUUCGACAAGUUUCUUCGCCGUGUUGAUACUUGUCACAGUGGGCAUAGGAAUACUAAUCCGAAAGUCUCGCGAUAUAAGCUACGUUCCUGUCAUUGCAGAGGAUAAUUAAAGUUCACGGUGGUAGUUAAGAUUCAACCAUGUCUAUGGUUUCAUUCCUGUAAAACAAUAGCGAGAUUCGAUGUUUAAACAAGCCAUUCUAUAAUUUAAAUAAUUUUUUAUCAUAACGCAAAAUGAAGUUAAACAGCCGCUUUAAACUCUCAUUUCGCUGUAAUUCCACUUGGGGCAAUCUGCAAAGUUGAUAUACUUGCAUGUAUGGUUAUUAAAAAUAUCAUUACACCAACUAACUGCGUAUUACAUGUAUGUCCUAUAUAAUAUGUAUUUAGAUUGCUGAUUUGUCAUAAUAUUUUAUUAAUGAUUGAGCAGUCACGUGUCGGUAAAUCACGCAAUACGAUAUUGGUAAGUCCCCGAGACCGAAAUACGCGGAAUAAACGGGUUAUCUGUAAAGUGCAAAUGUAUACCAGUACCUCACAUAUCCAUAAUCCCUGGUAGCUGCGAAGAGCUACAUUGUGACCCGGGGAUUUCCCUUCUACCUCGAGGAAUACAUAAUAAAUCUCUUCGCUAUCGGCGUCCAUAAAAGCUGUCGGAGAGUCGAGAAUCGUCACUCGCAGUUCCAGAUCAGA